GAUUUACUGGGGGCUCUGGGGGAGUCCCAACCCGGCCCCAAAUUCCUGAGCGCCGAGGGCACUGGCUUUCGCCGCCGGAUCCGGGCUCCCAGACUUUACACCUGGAGUUCCAAUCGGGCCUGAGCUGCCGGGGCGGCGGAGGCGGAGAUGGCGGAGGGCGGUGGGUCGCGACGCGGAGUCAGAGCCCGGCCUUGACGGAGCAUCCGGGGCUCCCGAGGGCUGUAUCCUCAGGAGGUGUCCCGUCUUGCUGGUUCGGCAAGCCUGAUAAGCAUGAAGCUUCUGUCUUUGGUGGUCUUGGUCGGGGGUUUGCUGGUGCCCCCAGCUCAAGCCAACAAGAGUUCUGAAGAUAUCCGGUGCAAAUGCAUCUGUCCACCUUAUAGAAACAUCAGUGGGCACAUUUACAACCAGAAUGUGUCUCAGAAGGACUGCAACUGCCUGCACGUGGUGGAGCCCAUGCCCGUGCCCGGCCACGACGUGGAGGCCUACUGCCUGCUGUGUGAGUGCAAGUACGAGGAGCGCAGCACGACCACCAUCAAGGUCAUCAUUGUCAUCUACCUGUCUGUGGUGGGGGCCCUUUUGCUGUACAUGGCCUUCCUGAUGCUGGUGGACCCUCUGAUUCGAAAACCAGAUGCUUACACAGAACAACUGCACAAUGAAGAGGAGAAUGAGGAUGCUCGGUCCCUGGCAGCGGCUGCUGCAUCCCUCAGUGGCCCCCGAGCAAACACCGUCCUGGAGCGUGUGGAGGGUGCUCAGCAGCGGUGGAAGCUGCAGGUGCAGGAGCAGCGGAAGACAGUUUUCGAUCGGCACAAGAUGCUCAGCUAGAGGGGCAGCACGGUCAAGUCAAGGACCCAGGCCGUGGCUGCCAACUUCCAGAGUUGGAAGGAGCCGGGGGCCGCUUCCUCUUUUGCCUCAGCCAGUCUUCCCUGGGUCUUCCCUGUAAAAGCUCAUGGCAUUUUCCCCUGUCUCCCUGUUUGGAAAUGUUAUACCUGACCGUGUUAAUUAGGGACUGUGAUGGGGUCUCUGAUCUCUUGUCUCCUCGGAUCUUUGGGCUAGAGGGGCAGGGGGAAGGAAGUCCAGAAAGGAAUGGAGAAUAUCCAAGGUGGCCUCAGGGUUGGGUGGCAUCUGUCCCUCUUGGCUCCACCUUUGCUACCCCUUCCAGCUCCACAUCAUGGAGAUGUCAUUGCCCUUUGCAAGAUGAAGCUGUGUCAUCAAGAACUCAGUGUUUGGGAGGGAGCAGGACCCAGCAUUCUGCGGGUGCUCCUGUCUGCUGCGGCUCUUCCUCCCACCUCCCUUCCAGCCCCGGUACCUCUGCCCUGGCCUAGCUGGCCCCAGCCCUCAGGAUCGGCACUGGUGGGCGAGCCCGUGCCACUGAGCUCACAGAGGUCUUCAGGGCAUUCUGGAAGCUUGGCUCCUUCUCCCUGGCCUCCUUGUCCCGGAUGCAUGGCGGUGCCCGUGC